AUGAUGCUCUGCUCCGAUCUCUGUCUCCCACAGUCGGCCGUGCCGCGGAAGGACCCCGCCCCGGGCCUCAUGGAGCAGCGUGGGGACGAGAAGACCCGGAGCCCCGAGCAAGAGCCCGAGCCGUGGCAAGCCCUCCCGGUCCUGUCCGAGCAGCAGUCCGAGGACGUGGAGCUGGUGCUGGCCUACGCCGCACCCAUCCUCGACAAGCGCCAGACGUCACGCCUCCUCCGGGAGGUGUCGGCCGUCCACCCGCUGCGCGCCCAGCCUCACCUCAAGAGGGUGCGGCCCAGCCGCGAUGCCCGCCGACCGCACGCGCUGGAGCUGCUGCUGUGCCUGGCGGGGCCGGCCGCAGGUGCCAGAUCGCUCGCUGAGCUCCUCCCGCAGCCGGCCGUGGACCCCCGGGGCCUGGGGCAGCCCUUCCUGGUGCCGGUGCCAGCCCGGCCGCCCCUGACCAGGGGCCAGUUCGAGGAGGCGCGCGCCCACUGGCCCACAUCCUUCCACGAGGAUAGGCAGGUGACUCGCGCCUUGGCCGGGCGGCUGUUCUCCGCGCAGGAGCAGACGGCGAUGCAGGGCCACAUGGAGCGGGCUGUGUGGGCCGCGCGGCAGGCGGCGGCGCGGGGCCUGAGGGCAGUGGGGGCUGUGGUGGUGGACCCGUCCUCCGGCCACGUGCUGGCCACCGGCCACGACUGCAGCAACACGGCCAGCCCCCUGCUGCACGCCACCAUGGUGUGCAUUGACCUGGUGGCCCAGGGCCAGGGCCGGGGCGCCUAUGACCUCGGCCCCUACCCUGCCUGCUCCUUCGCCCCAGCCCUCGCCCCCCUGGGCGUCCGCGUGGGCUCUGUGCGCAAGCUGGACGAGGACGGGGACGUGCGUGCGGACAGCCUGCCCUACGUGUGCACCGGCUACGACCUCUACGUCACCCGCGAGCCCUGUGCCAUGUGUGCCAUGGCCUUGGUGCACUCCCGCGUGCAGCGUGUCUUCUAUGGGGCGCCCUCGCCCGACGGCGCCCUGGGUACCCGCUUCCGCAUCCACGCCCGGCCUGAUCUCAACCACCGCUUCCAGGUGUUCCGUGGGGUCCUGGAGGCCCAGUGCCGCCGGCUGGACCCUGGCUCGUAGGCGGCCGUGCCCGCUGCCUCUGGAGCUUGCCCUGCCGCCAGCGGCUCAGCCUCCCCUCAGGC